AUGCCUACCACUCUGGGCACAUCCGACCUUCUGGCAUACAAUGCCAAACAUUGUGUGCUGAUUUGCCGAGAGUGCAAGUACGCCGUCCAGAAAAGUGCACUUGGAAGCCAUCUGCUCCGGCACAAGGUCUAUCGCCAAGAGAGACAACAUCUGCUGUCUGCCAUCGCCAAACUCGACAUCUUGGAACCAGAUGACGUACAGCUUCCCUCCGCGGGCUCUCUGCCAGUGGAAGGCCUGCCAGUCAUCUCGGGGUUUCGGUGCACAGCCCCCGGGUGCGAGAACCUGUGUGCCAGCUCCAAGCGUAUGAGCCGUCAUUGGAGCGAGAUGCAUGGUGGGAGCGAUCCGACAGGGCCGUGUUCGCGUCCAGUACUUCUCCAGACAUUCUUCCGCGGAACUAAGCUCAGGUAUUUUGAGGUCCGGUCCGACUCGUCCGAGUCAUCUGGCGAGAGGGCUGGGACACCAACGCCAGUGACUGAAGAUGCUGUCGAGUUUGUUGCCUCCCCACCAGCACGUAAUUCGCACGCAUGCAUACCCCGUCUCCCCGCCCUACACCCAAGAAGCCUGGACCUGGAGACACUGCGGUACUUCCAUCACUUCACCACCAUAACCAGCCCGACGCUUCCAAACCCCGAAAAGUCCACCUCGACCUACUGGCAAGUGGACGUGGUCGCACAAGCCCUGCAAGUACGCUGGCUCAUGUACGGGCUACUAGCCGUCUCGGCGAGCCAUGCCGGCACGCUCUCAAAUGAGGAAGCUGCAAAGCAAACGCACUGGGAGCGGUCGAGGCAGUUCUCUGGAGAGUUUUUUGCCGGCUGGGAAGAGGCCCUACCCGACUCGGAGUCUUGCUCCGACCCCAUCGAGGGAGCCAAGGCGGGUUCACAGAUCACUUGCAUCCUAAGAUGCUGCCACUGGUUCUCUGAGGCAUCAACGACGCUUUCCGAGUCGGCGAGAGUACCUUUCCAGCUGCGACUCUUCCUCCGCACCAUUCGAGGCUGUUCCGAUCCGGAGUUUGCCUACUGCUUAGAAGAAGUCGACGGCGAAGACAUGGCGGAGGAAGAAUAUGACCGGACGAAAGCCGAUGGAGGAGGGGGUUCGGAUGCCAGUGCUGCAGGGGCUGGGACUGCACCUCCCGCGCUUCUACAACUCUUUCGAUCGCUCCCUUCUCGGAUGGUAGAUCCAACGGGGAAACCAGAGAGUGUUUCUGAUUUCCUUGCCGCGCUAUCUGGGAUCAAUACGCUGGUUCAUUGCUGUUCCCUGAGCUAUUCCUCGGACGACAUGGGAACGGUCUGGAUGGGCAUGGAGUCGUGGUUAGGAUGGGUACCGGCUCACUUCCGCCAAAUGGUGUGGCGUCGCUCUCCCGCCGCUCUUGUCGUGUUGGCUCACUGGUCGAUAUUGCUCGAGCGAGCCGAGUGUUACUACUGGUUCUUGAACGGCUCGGUGGAUAAUAUUAUGGCCCUUCGAGGGAGAGACAUAGCACUUGCUGGCGCCGGGUGCUUUAUCGCCUGGGGCUAUGCGAUCAAUUGGUUCCCCGUGCUGCGCUGGGCGGGCCAUGCUUUCGUUGGCGGUGUGUUGCUGACCAUAGUCGCCCUGUUCGCCCUCGUGCUGCUCACCUCCCGCGGUCACCGACACCGCCAGUUUCGGAAAACAGCACGUCCCAGAGCCGCCGCCUUUCUCGCGCCGGACGCGUGGAGGACCGAAGUUGCCGCAUUGCGACACCGCCAGACCUAUGCCAAGACGUCCCUCUACCCCGAGUCCCCGAAGGUGUCGGCCGCCCUCGACGAGGUCCUCGAGUACAUCAUUCGCGAUUUCAUCCGGUCAUGGUACUCCGCCAUCAGCAAGAACCCGGUGUUUACCGAUGAGGUGGACAAGGCGAUACGAUGUGCGCUCCUCCGCUUUCGCGACCGGCUACAGGCCCAGGAUCUCGCCGAGGUGCUCACCACCCGCCUCGUCCCCAUCCUGACCGCGCACUUCCGCCACUUCUACGACGCCGAGCGGUCGAUUAGAGGGCGGAAGUUGAACAGGUCGGUCACCGAGACGGAGGAACUGGACCUGGCUAUUGCGUCGAAAUACAAGGAGGGGAAGCUACACCCGGCCGCGAGCCUGGCCUUCUCGGACACCAAGACGGCUCAGCAGGACUACUUGCGUCAGACAAUGUCAAGGAUUCUACCCAUCGUUCUGCCCGAGAAGCUGCUUGCUUCGCGCGCAGUCUCAACACUGAUCCGGGAGAUCACCUCGUGCGCAGUCAUGUUCCCAGUGAUGCAGAUGUUAUCCGACCCAGACACAUGGAACCAGCUGAUGGAGAACUACGGCCGGGCCAUGCUCCAGGACCGCUCUACCGUCCGGAGACUCCGCGCCGCACUGGACCAACACGCCUCCCCGGUCCCAAAGGCAGGCAAACCAGUAGCGUUUCCACGCCUGACCCCCGUGGACAGCGAGCGGAGGUUCGAGAAGUUCAUCAGGGCCAUUAGGAAGGUCAACAACCUCUCGGAUGCGAGGCGCUUCCGUAGCGAAGUCGCCAGUCAACUCAAAAGGGACUCGCAGCAGGAGAAUGUAGACCAGGUCUACUUGCGCCGGCUGGAGAUGGGCAAGAGAAUGCUAGAUCAAAGGGUCCAGCAGCUUGCUGCUGGGGGUAGCCGACGAGCGUUUCAGCAGACGGCAGAGGUUAUUGUACCGAGCGAGUCUCGGCUGGAGCAUGCGUCACUCGUCGACCUGCUGCGAGAUCCGUCCACUCUCUCCUAUUUCAUGGAAUACAUGGACCGGCAGCGGCUCAUGCCCAUGGUGCAAUUCUGGCUCGUCGUGGAUGGCUUUCGUAAUCCGCUUGAGGACGACGGCCCGGAAGGCGAGCAACUGCCUCUCCAGCUACCGCCGUGGACGGAAUCCGACAGACUUGAUCUCGCUCAGAUUGAUGCCGCUUACCUUAGCAGGCCCGAGUUGAAUGUCCCAUCUUCUUCGAAGCAUACCAUCCAGGAGUUCCUCAAAGCUGGCAAGCGAGCGACACCCGAGCAGUAUUACAGGGCGAGGAGAGAGAUCCUGCGGGCUCAAAGCGCCGUUUUGGAGGAAAUGCGCGCUCGGCAUCUCCAAAAUUUCAAGCAGUCCGACCUCUUCUUCAAGGCACUGGCCGCCGAGGAUGCCUCAAAACGCACGGCAUUGUCGAAUGCCAGAGCAAGGUCCCGGUCACCCCUCCCGCGUACCGCAUCCCAUACCGCCUCCAAGCCGACGCCUGUGGCACGCCUCGCCCCCAGAUUGCACACCGCGCCUACCAACCGGCGAGGCGCAUCGAAUUCAGAUCUCAAAACCAUGACUGCUAAUGGCGCUCACGACUUCGAUCCACGACGAUCGAUAGGCGAAUCGCAUUCUCCGCCUCCGUUAUUUGAGGACGACGAAGGAGGUGAUGACACCCUCGCUGAUUCCGUGGCAAGCCUCGAACAGGAGGCGAACAGCACGCCCCCACUGCCCGACACUAAAGUUGUCCAGGCAAUGGAACAAGCGCUCAAUAAUAUCCUUGAGGAGAGCCAGGCGCCAACGGCGGAGGACCUCAGAGCAUCGUUAUUUGACGAUGACGCUGGAAGUAGUCUCUUUGCGCCAACGGAGGGUACGCCAAAGCAAAGAGCGUCACCAGCACCCACGCCCCCAUCUAGGUCGAACAGGGGCUCGGUGGACCUGACAAGAACUAGUGCGAAUUCGCUCGAUGCUCUUGCGCCCCCUCAACAACCGAGGGCGAGUCGAGGGUCGUUGGACGCCCGCCGCUCCGGGGAACUCCCUCGGUCGAGUAGAGGUUCGCUAGAUGUCGACCGGCCAGCGAAGGGGCAAGAUAAGCCCAGUCUGGCAUCCCUGGGACUUGUGAGCGCGGCAUCACGCAUCGGUGUGUUUGUCGACGAUGACCUCUUCGGCGAUGAGGGGAAAUACCUCUCUGACGAGCCUUCCGAUCUAGACGACGACAUAAAUGCUGACGACGCUGAUGCUGUGCACGAGGCUGCGCCCGGCGAUCUUGGUCUUGCGGAGGCGAUCACGGCUCUGACAAACGACAUUGACAAGCUGAACGCUCAAGAAGCAGUGGUGAAUUCGCUAUUGAGGAAGGCCGAGUUGACCAACAACACCGCCGAGCUGAGGAUCCUGCGCAAGUCGAAGGCGAGCCUGCAGAGAGAGAUACGGCGCAAGGAGUUACAGAGACAGCAGUACGUCAUCCAGGAGAGCGACAACAGCCUCUACGGACGCUCCACCAUCAAAAUCAAGUCCAUCCGGCUCGACCGGGAGGAGGAUGGCAAGGAGGUAGCCUUUUAUGCCAUCGAGGUCUCGCGCAACGCUGGUGAGCGAAUGCCCGCCGCCAUCUGGGUAGUCCACCGCCGCUAUAGCGAGUUCCUCGAGCUGCACCAGAAACUCCGAUCGCGCUACCCUUCCGUCCGCAACCUCGACUUCCCCCGCCGGCGCGUCGUCAUGAAGCUCCAAAGCGAUUUCCUCCAGAAGCGCCGCGUCGGUCUCGAAAAAUACCUCAGCGAACUCCUCCUCCUCCCCGACGUCUGCCGCAGCCGCGACCUGCGCGCCUUCCUCUCCCAAAGCGUCAUCACGGCGACCCAAACCGCCGGCCCCGACCACGACUACGCAAACAACAAAAAGGACAUGAUGACCCGCCUCUACGACUCGGUCGCCGACGGCAUGGAGGACAUCCUCGGCAGCAUCCCCGUGCUCGACCAGCUCUCCCUCGCCGGCCAGAACCUCAUCGCCGCCGCCACCAGCCAGCUCGGCGCCGUGCCCCUCGCCGCCCUCGCCGACGGCAGCGACCCCACCACCGCGGCAGGCGGCGUCAUCAUGAACGCGGCCGAGGCCGAGGCCGAGCUCAACGCCUUUGAGAACACCACCACCACCAAACGAGCGGAAGAACCUGGGGAAGCCGAAGAGGAGAUCGAGCCCUUCGUCAAGCCCAUCUGCGACAUCUUCCUCGAGGUCUUCGAGCUCAACCGCGGCAACAACUGGCUGCGCGGCCGCGCCGUCGUCGUCGUCCUGCACCAGCUCCUCGGUGGCACCAUCGAGCGCAAGCUGCGCGAGAACGUGCGCGCGCUGGUCCAGGAGGACGCCCUGCUGCGCUAUGUGGGCUUGUUGAGGCAGGCUUUGUGGCCGGCCGCUGCUACUGCUGGUGGGGGUGGUGCCGGCGGCGGUGGUGGCAAUGGGGGUGGUGGUAAUGGGGGUGGUGGUAAUGGUAAUGUCAGGGUGCCUAGGACCAAGGCUGAGAAGGCCCGCACCCGCACCGAGGCUGGCUUGAUGCUGGCGACGCUGGUGCCGGAUCUGGUGGGGAGUGUGGUCGGCAGGGUGAAUGCGCAGGGCGCGAGCCGAAGGGUGUUUGCGGCGUUUAAUAAUGCGAGGCUGAAUGCGCAUCUGGCGUUUACGCUGUUGGAUGAGGUGGUUGAUGUCUUGUUUGGGGAUGAGGUGGCUUAG